AUGAAAGCUAACAAAUGGUUAUUAGAUCUCGACAGGACCUUCGAGAUCAGCGGCUGUACUGAGGAACAGAAGGUACAGUACGUGGGGCACCUGUUGCAGGGUGAAGCUGGAAUUUGGUGGGACACCAAGAGGCAGCUGCUGACUAGAGAAUUGGGAAAUAUCACCAUUUUGACUUGGGAGAGGUUUAAGGAGGAAUUUGACAAUCGUUUUUUCCCAGAGUCAAUGAAGAUCCAGAAGUACGCUGCAAAGUUUAUGGAGCUGGAAAGGUUUGCCCCACACUUGAUUGCUACUGAGAAAAUGCAAGCUCAGAAGUUUCAAGCAGGGCUGAAUCCUAGAAUUCGCAGUUAUGUGGCUGGAUUCUGCAUCCACAACUUCCAAGAGAUGGUUAAUGUGGUUGCAAUAGCUGAGGCGGAACAGCGAAAUGUGACUGCUUAG